UCAAAUCUUUUGUCACUAUUUGUGACGAAUAACAAAUUGUACGGGUGUGCAAUACCCCACCUCUUGCCCAAAUUCAACCUUUGGAAACGCCGCUUCAGUGUGGGUCAGUUGUCAUUCAAAGCAAUUCAUCACGGUCGGUGAGGGCGCGGCUUCAGUCGUGGCGACAGCGCUUCCUGGGCGACGGCGGCGACUCCAGAGAGAAGGCGGUCGGAGAGACGGGACGGGAUUCGGGGAUGUACUCCGUCUGGUAUUUGUCAAUGUCCCGCAACGCUGCUCACCGCUGUCGAAGGCCUUGGUGGUUCCCUUCAGCACCUCCAGGGUGAGCGCGGCGAUGAUGUCCGCCUGGCGGGCGAUGGCCUGGGCUCGCUCCACGGCCUCCGCCCCCAGCGAGGUGAUCAUCUGGGUGCCGUUGAUCAGAGCCAGGCCCUGCCGGGAGCAGACGGAACAUAGGGCACCACGAUGGGAGUUCAGGGGCUGUCGGAUUUCCCCCCCUCCUCUCGCUCUCUCUCUCUCUAUCUCUCUCUCGCUCGUUGGUUCGCCAUGUGUGCCGACUGGCGUCCGUCAGCGGGAAGGCAGCAGAGGCGAAGAGGAGGGGAGGAAAAGUGUGUUUACACAGACGCCAGAGCGCCUGGGGAAUCGUCGGCGAGAGGAAGUGAGCCGCCGGCUCUGCGUCUGCCUGCUCCGUCCGACUUCCUGCUCGGAGAAAGAAAAAGCACAGGAUCCGAUUUCAGGCCGAGCACAAGCCGCGUAGCAAGCAUGGAAAAACAAGCACUUUCUCCGGCGGCGACGGCGACGGAGGCGGCGUCGCGCUAAAGUUCCUCGGCGGGGAAGAAAGGCCACGGAAGUGAUCGCAGCUAUGGACAGCGCCAUCACCCUGUGGCAGUUCCUGCUGCAGCUGCUGCUGGACCAGAGCCACAAGCACCUCAUCUGCUGGACGUCCACGGACGGAGAGUUCAAGCUGCUCAAGUCCGAGGAGGUGGCCAAGCUGUGGGGGCUGCGCAAGAACAAGACCAACAUGAACUACGACAAACUCAGCCGGGCCCUGCGAUACUACUACGACAAGAACAUCAUCAAGAAGGUGAUCGGCCAGAAGUUCGUCUACAAGUUUGUCUCCUUCCCCGAGAUCCUCAAGAUGGACCCCCAGAUGGUGGAGAUGGGCUUAGCUUCCGGAAGGUUCCCCCCACUCCAGGAAGGCGAGGCCCCCGCGCCGGACGUGGACGAGGAGGAGGCGGAGGAGGCGGAGGAAGAGGCAGAGGAGUCCCUGAGGAGGGCGCGCGCGGUCGCCCUGGGGGCGCAGCAGAGCCGGAACGACUACCUGCGCUCGGGCCUGUACUCGUCCUUCAGCGUGGCCUCGCUCCAGAACCAGCCCGAGCUGCUCAGAGUUCUUCGGGAGGAGCCGCGGUCCGUCAUCCGCUUCGGCGCCAACGACGCCAAAGCAGAGGCCUACGUCUCCCCCGGGCCGCCCGCCCGAAGCCGGAGCAACGAGGAUGGAGACGAGGGGGAGGAGCGUGAGGGGGACUUCUCGGAGCAGAGCGCCCAGCCCCUCAACCUCUCGUCCGGGCACAGGGAGCGGGCCCUGCGGCCUCCUCCCGAAAAGAGGAGCGGCGGCGGAGGAAGAAGCUCCGCCUCCUCCUCGUCUUCCUCGUCGUCCAGUAGUUGUAGUCGAGGAGACGGACUCCCGGCCAGAAGCAAAAAGCCCAAAGCUCUGGACAUCUCGGCCCCGUCCCUGCUGCUGGCGGGCAGCGACAUCGGCUCCAUCGCGCUCAACAGCCCGGCGCUGCCGUCCGGCUCGCUCACCACCGCUUUCUUCGCGGCGCAGACUCCCUCCGGUCUGCUGCUGGCGCACAGUCCGCUCUUGUCCGGCAUCCACUUGUGGAGCAGCCUCAGCCCCGUGGCCCCGCUCAGCCCCGCCCGGCGGCAGGGCCACGCCUCCUUGUUCCAGGGCCGCCUGAAUCACUAGCGGUGGCCAUGGAACGUCAACAGCGAGAUUCACAACAUUUCCAAAGACGUCCGCAUGUGUGCCUUUCUGUGACUCUUCCAGUCUCUCUCUGUUGCAACCUACCGAUGACACUAGAAGCUCAGUGGCCACGUCCCUCGAAGAACAACCUGCUUGAAGCCUCGCCGUCACGUCCAAGUGGACAUCUUUGCAAAUGUUGUGAAUUUUGCCGCUCAGUACUAAAAACCAACAGUUUGGACGUGUGCAUUCAGAAGUUAGAAAAAGGUCAAAUAAAGUUGACCUGUGACGGUUAUAGCGCAGUUUCAGUCCAUUCUGAAAUUUCACCCCCUAUCCCAAACAUUUUGUGAGUUGUCUCACCGGAGUAAAGUUUGGUGCAACUUUAGGCGCGCAUCCGCAGGAAUUAGAAAUGAAAUGGCCCAACAUUAGGGGAAUUUGAAUAUAUCAAUGGCAUCGCACAUCACAUCAAGCACGCCGACUGCAAGCAGGGGAGCGAAAGAAUUUUCAAGAUGUUUUUGCUGCUGCAACAGACGAGCACAGUUUUGCGGCUAAUCAGACUUAGCGAGCGGGACAGGCGGCGGCGGGUGGUGUGUCCGGUUUCAGCACUGUAGCGCGGGAGAGGAAAUCCUGUGAAUACUUCCUGUUUGAACCCAGGGGAGCCAACCAGCCUGAACGGGGCGAACCGGUUUUGAGAGCGGAUUCUCCUGUGGUGGGCCGUGCAUGUGCUCCUCUCUCCUUUAGAGGGGACUCACCCGACUCGAUCCACCGAUACUUUAACAAAAAAUGCAAUACGACAGUACAAGCACGCCACUGCGCCACGUACGUCUUUUUUUCUUUACAAUCAAUAUUUACCUAAAAACAACAACAGAAAAGGAUUAAAAUGCAUCACGCUCCCCCGAGAUGCUGACUAUUGAAAGUAGUGUUGUGGAUACUAUUAUUAUUAUUCUAGAACUAUUAGCAUUUGGGCUGUAAAUGUCGUGGAGUGCGUUGGCAAAAGAGCGGAGGUGCGAGGGGACAGAGACGAACGGGAAGAGGCGGCACAAUGAAGAAAUAACAGGAAGCCCGAGCUGUGACAAUGCGGUCGCUUCCUCAGCGGAAAGCGAGCCUUUCGCAGAGCUUCCGCCCCCCGGCCCACCACCACCACCACCACCUCCUCCUCCUCCUCCCUAACUCUGGUCCCACCUUUCUCUUCCUCCACAGUUCCCCAGCCUAAUCAACGGACACAUGCCUGUCCCCCUGCCAAGCCUGGAAGGAACCCCCUCCUCCUCCUCGUCCUCCGGUGCCCACAA